UUCUGAUUUUCUUCGUUUCAAUUUUUCUUAUCCUCCCUUAUUCUCUCUGUUCCUUUAAUCCCUCUUACUUUCAUUCCACCUCCGUUACUACUUAUAGUCUUCCACUUUCCUCCAGUUACCUCUCCCAUCACAUAUCUCUCUUUCUAUCUCACUCUCACUCUCUUUUACCAACCUGAAAUUUUUUCCGCCUCCCUUCCUCCACUGUUCGUCCUGCCAACCAACCGAUCGACCAGCCGCCCAGCCAUCAAUAAUUUCUUCACCGAAAUAGCCAUGGAAGGUAUAGCCGACCGUAGGGAGGCACGGCGCCCAAUGAAUUCAUUUUUCAUCUUUUGUAAACGCCAUCGAAGUAUGGUUCGAAGUAAGCACCCAAAUUUGGACAACCGCAGCAUAAGUCGCAUUUUGGGUGACUUAUGGGCAAAUCUAGGCAAGGAAGAGAAACAACAAUAUACAGCAACUGCUAAACAGUAUAAGGAUGCUUUUAUGAAAGCCAAUCCAGAUUAUAAGUGGCACAGUUAUGAGAAAUCAAAUUUACUGCUGAAUACAAGUUGUGUUCCUACCUUCAGAGAUGAUCAACCACUUCCUGCAUCAAAACCAAAUAUCUCUUCAGAUAUCACCAAUAAAGGCUUCAAUAAAGACUGCUUAGCCUGCUAUAGACCCUGCACUACCAACAGCAACAAUAUGAAUUUGUUAAUGAUGGCUAUUGAGCAGAAUGCAACUGAAUCAACAUGCAAUCAUUUAUCACAGACCAAUAUCAAGAAGGAGCUUCCAGAAAUCUCUGCUGAUUCCCCUGAUAUGUCUAUGCUAUUGAGCCAAGAGAGCGCUAAAGUUUCCUGGUUAUCUAAAAUCAACCUUCAACCAGAUACUGAAAACUCUGAACUCAGGUUAUGUCAAAACUGGGACUUCAAGAACAAAGAUAUCACUCAAUGCUCUUGUGAACCAUCUACCAACCCAACCCAACACAUUGUAAAGGAAUCACCACCCCCUAGUACUACUGAUAAUGCAACAAGUCCUCAUCAUCAUUACAAAGACUGUAAUGAAUCUGAUGGCUACAAAAAUCAUCAGGGUGAUGCUAGUGUGGAUGUUAAUUGGGCUAAAUCUGCUGGUUUGGAAUUUCAGUCAUCCUUUGAAUACCCAUUGAGAGACAAUAAUAUACCAACACGUAAAUCAAAACGAAGGAACAAAGGAGCCAUUUACAAAAAUCUGAUUGCUAGUGGAGCUCUUCCAGCAUCCCGGGAGCGUCUGGCUGAGAUCCAGACCAUCUACAAAGUUACCUCUGAUGAUAGUAAUGAUGUAUAUGACUAUCACCAACACCAACAGUAUCGGUCAUGUGAACAAACAGGCCGCAAACUGCAACGUACUAUGUCAGAAUCAGAUUCACAGCUAGACAAACGUUACAAAACUGGAGAUUUUGAUCUUGAAGCCAGAAUUGCAACACUUCCAGCAUGUUCAAUGGAUUCAUUGGGAAGAUCCCGUAAGAACUCUGGUAAACAGAGAACAUGCAGUGAAAGUUCCCGUCAGACAAUCAUGAGUUGUUCAACUCCCACAAUCAGGACAGAUAUGCUUCUGGCUCCACCACAUCGACGUAGACAACCUAUUUAUCCACCCAUUGUUGGAAGUCGGAAAAGGAAGCAACCUCGUGAUGGAAUCAUGCGAAUUGUACCCCUUUCUAAAGAAUACAAACAUCCCUUAGCUAAUGUCAUGAAGAUCCCACUUGCUACAUUCUAUGUACACCCAUCUAUGAAAUCAUACCAAGAUCUACAGCUAAACAAGAAAUCUGAUAGUCAUGAUGCGGUGACCUCUGAAUCUGAAGGCAAAGAUGAGGAUUGUUAUAUUGCAAGUUCUGCUACUCCAAAUGUUGCAAAUGGUGAAGAAACUGUCACAGCUGCACAGGCAUUGACAAUUGAUAUAAAAUGCACUGAGGGGUCUGAAACAUUGAAAUAUAGUGAGAAUUUACAACCAUUAUCUACUGCUGCCGCAUGUACCAAGACAGGUGGUGGAAUACUGACAACAUCAAAUUUAGUGACUCAGUCACGCUUGACUUUCCACUCAAAUCAUAUUCCACUUGCUACAAGCAGGAGCCUAACGAGCAAUAAUUCCAACCACUGCUGCAGUGCUACCUAUAAUAAUAAUGAUAAUGAUAAUAAUAAUAAUAAAAAUAAUAGCAACAUAUACAACAGUUCUAACAUUAGCUACACUGCUACAUGUAAUAACAACUAUAAUAAUAACAACAAUUUUAACUGCAGUUACAAUGCUAGCUACAUUAAAAACAACAGCAUUUCAGCUAAUAGCUGCAAUGCUGGCUAUAACAACAAUAGCAAUAAUAACAGCUAUAAAAUUACUUUUAACAACAAUAAUAAUGAUAACAUCAACAAAAACAGCUGCUUUGCAGUUGGUGCCAGUUCAGUGAAUAGAGUUACACACAUGGAUAAUACUAAAUGUUCCGGUGAUAAUAAAGAAAAACCAACCUGUCCAGGUCUGGAAGUGAACCAGAAUUUACAUGUUACUGGUGAACUGAAGGUGACUGUGGAAGAUCAGUCCUUGAAGCGAGCUAAACUGGGUGAAAAUCCAGACUUCAAAAUCUGGAUUUCAAAUCUUGCAGAAGCUGCUGAACGGUCCGGACAGAUUCCUGUUUGCUAAUCAACAAUAUUUACAUAACAUGAAAUCAAAUUUUGAGUGCCUGAAAGAAUGUUUUAGAGUGUGUGUAUGUGUGUUUUAUUGUCUUUCUUUUCUAACUAUUCUACUCACCCAUCAGAUUUUUAUCAUUCCUAAUGGGUGCUUAUAUUUGAAAUGCAUAAUUGGAAAUGCAUAUUGUUUUGUUUUUGGAUUUUUUUUUAAUUUAUGAAGAUGUGCAAAAAUACUUUGCACACAUACAGAUGUCCUCUCUCUCUCUCGCACACAUACAUUCAUGCACACAUUCAAUCUUUCUUUUGCACACAUUCUCUCUUACUCUUACAUACAAACAUCCAACCUUAUCUCAUUGCCUGUAAUCAAGUAGUAAAUUUACAUUCUAAUUUGUUUUCUACAUACAAAUUGCUAAACUACAGAACUCUUUCACUUCAACUUUUGAUAUUUCUAAAGUUGUACAGAAAUAUUUCAUACACAUACAAAUAAUCUAUCUUCUUUCUUAUACAAAGUCUCUCACUCACACAUAGACACAUUUAAUUGUCUGUCUUUCUCAUAAAAAUUAAGAGAAAAAUUUGAAAAAAUACUGAGAAAAGGAAUCUAUUAACAAUAUAUUUUGCUAAAAUUACAAACAAUUUUCUUGUAUACACCAAUUCAUUAUUCUGAGAUGCCUCACUGAUAAACUCCAUCCAUAGAAUUUAUAUCACAUACAUAGAUGUUGCUAUGGUAUAUUCACACCUCUAGCCUGCCCCCUUUUUAUAUAAAUCAUUUCUAAGAGUCCAGUUUUUAUACUUCAACAGUAAAUGGGUGGGAUUUAUAGUCUCAUGCACAAACAUAUAUAUACACAUUUAAAUGUUAUUUUUAAUACAUUUUUAAUAAUUGCAGAAUGAUAUUGUAGUGUGUAGUAACAAGAAUAUAACAAUGAACUGAUCAUAGUAUGAAGAUAUGACAGUGAUAUGCAGAGGUAACAGUGACUCAUCAUUAUCUAAGGAUAUAAGUGAUGUGAAGAUGAUAUAUAUUGCUAUGAAGAUGUAUCAGUGAUGUGAGGAAGAUAUAUUGCUAUGAAGAUAUAACAUUGAUGUGAGAAAGAUAUAUAGAUCUAAGACUAUAACUGUGAUGUGAAGAUAUAAUAGUGUUGAAGUGAUAAUAUAUAAUGCCAUGAAGAUUAGCUGCCUUGUUAUGAACAAUGAAAAUGGUUCGUAAUGAUGUGGCUAAAACAUGAAUGCAGUAAUGAUACCAUUUUGAUAAGUGGAUAUAUAAUGCCUACUUGUGAUAUAGUGACAAUAUGAAAGUAUAACAAUUUUUGUUGUGGCUGAGUCAAAGGAGGAAGAGCAGUGCUUAUGACUAGUUGCAGGGCAUCCCAGACUGAAAAGGAAGAUAAAGAGAGGUGGAGUGGGGGUCCUUGUAACUGAUGAAUUAUCAAACCAGAGCCCAGUGUAAAUAUUUGUAGCAGAAAGGACUCUGAUAAAAGCUCCCCAGGUACUAGUUUUAAACUGAACAGCAAAUUAAGUUUACCACCAAAGAACAGAUAUGGCCCUUCUAACAGGCUUCUAUAAAAGUUUCUAUCUACCCAAUUUCACUGACUACACUUGGGUUGAUGCAAGGCUAUUAGAAAAUUCUACAACCAUGCAUUACUGUUGUAUGUGUUUAUCAUAUAUAAAGUUGUUAAAGCAUUUUGAUAAUGCACACGAAAGAUAUUAUUAUGAUUGUCUAUAGAUCAGUGUUUUUCAUGGUGGGUGAGAUGGGUUUAUGAGGAUUGAAGGAUAGAGUUUGGGGGAGGCAGUCAAAUUGCCUCAGCUACUAAAAUUAAGUGAUUUUAAACUUGUCCAAUGCAUAGCAACAAAGAAAUAUGGGGAAAAUGAAAAGAAAUAGAAGCUAAAAUAAUGACAAUGUGAAUGUGUUGCUGAGACAAACAUGAUGGGAGGGAAUAAACAAUGUUCAUGUCUCUGUUUGGUGAUAUUUAAUGGGGUGAAGGAGCCAACCUGCUGGUUGGCUGGAUUACUAACAACUCAGAUAUACUAAGCUCCUGCCCUCAAAAAAAUAUCCCACAUAUGUGAAUUGUUUCCAUUCAGUAGUACCCCUUUAAGGUCAGACAGACUGAACCGUUUGUGUUUCCCAAUCCAACCAUAGACACAAUAUGUCAGAGUACAAUUCUAUAUAUAAUAUUAUUUUGAGGAAUGUGAAUUUGAAAUAUUUUCUUACUCUUCUUUUCUAAGAGUAAUUCCUAUUUCUAUGUGCCUCUCUUUACCAAUCACAGGUAAAACAGAACCACACCAUUUUGUGCCUCAAACACACACAAAGCGUGUUUCUCUUGAGUCAGUUUUCAUAUUUCUUUUUAUGCACUAUUAAUUAUAACUCUAAUCUCUCCCUUUCCAUUACUAGUACAAGUCAACAUAUGGUUGGGAUUAUUCCAAUUUUCAGACUACAGACUAUUUUGGGGAUAUCUUUCAUCUUCAACCACAGAUGGAAUUUGCUCGUGGGAGCAUUUGAAACAAGUCAUAAAGACACUGCACAGUGCUCUAUGUAAUGUGCUUAUUUAUAACUAACUGGAUUCAUCCUCAGUUUUGGCAAUGGUGAUGGAGUGAACCUGUGAUCAGCAAGCCAAUGUACUUAUAACUUACCACACUCAACCAAACCACCAUUUCUUAUUGUUAUUCUUUGUACAAUACUCCAUACAAAGUACAUUGUAAUAUACACAACAGUGAUGUGAUGACAGUCUUUUAUAGUAGCUGCGAUAACAGUUGUGGCCUUAAAGUUCAGUUGUCAUGAGUAAUGAAGAAUCUAAUUAAACAAAAUAAGCGCACGCUUAGGGCACCAAGGGAAAGGGGGCAUCAUUAAUAUUUUUACAUUUACUGUAUUACUAUAGUGUUGAUAGUAAAUUAUAACAGCUCAAUUUUUGUAGUUUUUUAUGAUGAUGAUGGAAAAUAUGUUGAAGAUUUUCACUUUUUCCUGUUACUCUAGUUGCAACAUAAAUAAUUUGUUUAUAUUUCUAUUUAAAGUUAAAUAAAAUGAGAAAACUGGUUGGGCUGUAUUUAGGGCGUUAGCUGAACUUCAUCUUGUCCUGACUCUUGCCUUUUGUCUGAGUGUGAAAAAAAGAGAAAAUAUUGUCACUUUUACUCCAUGCUAGUAAAUUAUAAAGAGAUUGAAGUGGGUGAGAACUGUUGUGUCCGUGUCAAAACUCUGAAAUACAAUGAUGUGGAUGAAGAGUGAGAAGCCAGAACUUAUGUGGCAAGAUAUAGAAGGAAUUAGUGCUUCAAUCCAGGUAGAAAGAUGUCAUGGUAUUCAAUUCAAGAUCAAGGGCGUGGGUGGUAGUGCAAGAGGUAAAGGAAAUGAGUGACAAAGAACACGCACACAGAAUGAUAUUAAAAAAUAUUAAAGGGAGAUGUAGUAGUAGUUUUGAAUGCAGAUCACUUGAGAUACCCAUCCAAUACCUUAUACUCACUGCCUUUUCACUUUGUAGUCUCUGUCAAUUUUGGAAGGAGUUGGCUUUUUUUUCCAAAAUUCUGUAAGGACAAGGUGUCUGAAUGGAUAAGCUUCUAGACUUUCUACUCGUAAAUUAAAAGUUGAAAUAAUCAACUGGACACUGUAACAUUGUAUUUGGCAAUGUUUCAGUUCCCCUACAUGUUAGGGGGUUAUGUUAUAUGUUAAGAGAUCAUCUGAGAAUAUUACUUGGAAAAAACAUGCGUACUAUCACCAUAGAGAGGUUUAGCUCUUAUAUGCCAUUACACCAUGAAACCCAAACUUUACUGGGUCUUAACAUGUCUCAUUCUCUGAGCCUAGGGUGCAUAUAUUUAUUGCAUUUUCAAAAUUUCCCUUUUGUUUUGAAUAAGAUACACUCACUUGUACAUAUGUAUACAUAUAUCUGUUCAUUCAUACAUUAACACUUCCAUUGAAGUCUCUGUAUUAGGAGAGGUUGUCAACAACAGUUACCCUUAGUUUUAAUAUUCAAAAUGAUAUAAGGCAGUGAGUGGAUAGAAUUGUUAGCAUGCCAGACAAAAUGCUUAGUAGCAUUACGUCCAUCUGCAUGUUCUGAGUUCAAAUUCUGCUGAGAUCAACUUUACCUUUCAUCCUUUUAGGGUCAAUAAAAUAAGUACCAGAUGUGGGGGAUGUGAUUGGCUUACCCCCUUCCCAGAAAUUGCUGGCCUUGUGCCAAAAUUUGAAAUCAAUAUUGAAAGUGAUUCUUAACUCCAAAAACAAGAGAAAAACUAAUACCAGUAUAUUCUUUCUCUCCUCUUCACACACACAUACAUUCAUCCACAUCCAGUUUGCAUUUAGAGCUGGUUCAAUAUAACCUCUUCAGUUGGUUCUGUAUAUUUUCCACUAAUUCUGUAAAAAAAAUUUUUUAUGUUGUAACUAUAGGACAUGAAAUGCUGUCUUAUUCAAAACACACAUAGAAAAAGAGAGGGUUGAUUUGAGUUGGUACUGAAAAUAGAGAGUCUUUCUGAGAUCAAAUUGUGCUGGGGUCAACUUGUCUUUCCAACCUCUCCUAUUGAGUAUGAGAGUAACACAAGAAUUAGUUAUCAGAUGUCAAAGAUGUUGACUCUAUUACUGGCCUUCUAUAUUUCUGAAUAUUUUAUAUCAGUAUACCAAAGUAAACAACAAAAACAACUAUAGAAGGAAAAAUAACAUAAUAUGAUUAAUUUUAUAUAUAUAUAUCAUAAAUUGUUUUGAAAUAAGAUUUACCAUAGCAUAUAUCUCAGACAUUUCUUAAUUUCUAUUGACAGAAAAUUGUUAUGCAUAUAUGUGUGUGUGUGUGUAUAUACUCUUCCUGUAUAUAUUGGAUUAUACAUGAAUUUAAAUUUAUAUAUAUAUAGGUGCAUAUAUAUUUUUCUGCUAUUGUGAGUGUGUGGGUGAAAGACAGCCUUUAUAACUAACAGUAUUACUAGUGCCAAAGGAAGAAUAUAGUUGUCAGUACAUUAACACCUGCAUACUUGUAGCUGCAAAAAGGGUGUUAGUGGUGAUUGUAAUAUAUUUUUACACAUUUUUUUUUAAUAUUUUAUUACUAUUGUUGUUAUUAUAGUUUUGUCAAUAAAUUGAUGAAAGUUUGCUAGUAAAAAAUUAACAUAUGCACACAUGUACUCUUUUAUUGCAAGAACUAAAACUAGAUCUAUUGUAUACCUCACACAAACAAAUAUCUUGGGAAAUGAAUGAAUGAAAAUGCAUGAAUGUCACAUCUUCCAAAUUUCAGCUCUGGUAUCUCUUUUAUGUAUAAAAUAUAUUUAUUUCUCUUGUUAUUCAUUAUAUUGAGAAUCCUCUUUGGGUAUAUAUGAACAUCACAACUUCAAAUAUUUUAAACUUUUCCAUAAAAAUUAUAACUUGAAGCCUCGUGGCCUUUCAAUUUUUAAAAUUAUUGAUUAAAACUAAUAAGUACUAGUAAUAGAUGCCCCCUCCCCCCUCUAUUAUACUCCUGUCUUUGUUCCAUGUGAAAAAACAAAAUAAGUAAUUAUUACUUUUAUUUAUUAUUAUUAUUAUUGAUAAAAUUAAUAAAUACAGUUUUAGAUUUGAUAAAGUUUAUUUCCUCUAUGAAAAAGUUUUUUUUUUUAAACAUUUGCAGUUCCAGACAGAAUAAAUGCAUUUUUAUAUUUGAUUGCAUUUUUUUUUAGUUAUUUCAAGCUGAAAGAGAGCUUAAGUUUUAAACCUUAAUGCUUCAUACCUUGUUUUUCCUUUUCCUCUGACUUGAAUUUUGAAAAGUUGUCAGUCUCAUAGAACUUCUUAUGUACAUACAGUGUUGGAGUUACAUGAUAUAGCAACAGCAGUUACAAAGUAUUUAUUACUUUCUUAGUCAAUGGCCAUAAUCCUGGGCUGGUCUAUUGGCAUUGAGUUUUGCUUUUUACACUAGUUUUAGUCUUUUAGAUAUACAUAACUGCUGCAAAUGCAGAUGGCUGAGUAGCAACCAGCUGCGAGGUCAACAGUUUCUAUCUUGUCAUCAGCCUUGCAUUAUGUCUUUGACUAAGCUAUUUUUGUCUCAAAUGUUCCAGUCUGUAAAUAGAUGACACAAACUAAGAAUAGUUUGUUACUCCAAGCAGCAUCAAUACAGUAAACUAACAUGAUUUAUUCUCACAAGAGUUGUAAGAACACUUACAGUAUUUUGUUGUUCCUCCGGUGAUUAUAAUUUAAGGAGGGAAGAUGGGCCUCAUGAGGCCCCACUUAAGAUAGACUUCAUAUAACACUUCAACAACACAGCCACAGCUGGUCCAAAUAUUCCACAUAUUUUGCAUCCAAACCAGCUAGAUCUGGCCUCCCACACCUACUCUACAAUGUCAUUCAAAACAAAAUAAACCAUCACAUCAUUGAAAUCUCAGAGCUAUAGGACAAUACAUGAUUAAUUCAAAACGAUGUGUGUAAAUAAGCAUUAUAUUUGACAGAGUAGUCUGAAUGCCAAAGGGUUAAGUGCCAUAUCACACAAACCCUCAUUCUAUUACCUUCACAUCUUUUCUACUGCCUUAUUUAAUUCUAGAAUUCUAAUAUCUUUUAAAUCAUUCCCUGCGGACAAAAUGUGUUUUUAUCUGCUGGUUAGAGUACUUCUUUUCCAUGGCUGUUCACUAUUUACUUUUUCCUCAUUAACACACAUGCAUCCCUAUGUUCGGUCUAUUAGAGAAAACUAACCUGUCUUCCUUCCUCAUUAAAAGUGGUUGGUCUCAAUAAGGUUAAUGAUAAGUGUUUCAAUAAUGAUGAAAAAUUAUUGGCAGAAGAUACAAUAAAAAGUUUCUGUCUAAAGCAAUUUACCCCAUUUAACUGUUACUACAUAUCAAAUAUGUUAGCCACUUACAUAUGGAUGGAUUGAUUAUCCUCAGCACACGUUUUUUGUUUUCCAUUUUUUCUUGCAAAGAUUUUCUGCUGGGAAGGAGAGAUAUCUUUACAUUUUCUAAAAAGAAGUUCUUAAAACAUGCCAUGGAUAAGAUAAACCCUGCCACCAGCCACUCACUCCCCAAAAGAAACUGACCAUUUUUCUCAACCAUUGAGUUUGGUGUUUAUACAGGUGCUUAGAUGAAAGUAAAAAUAUAAUUUAUUUAAAUCUUAUCUGCUCAGAAUGCAUCUUCAUUGAUGACAUAAGCUACCUGCAAUUACUGCUUGAUCUUUUCAUUUUAAAUGCUGAAUCUCAUGAACUUGAGUUUAUAUCAUAUCUUUGCCAUACUUUAUGCCAUACAAAUCAACAAGCUCUGGGUUUCCUUUUUUCCAAUUCAGUUUUAAUUAUCUACAGAAUAUUUUCUUCAUUUUUGUUAUGUCUAGAGUGGCAGAAUUAUAAGAGUAGAUAAGGCAUUGCAGUAUUUUCUUCUAUCAAAUAUCACCAUGAUUAACUUCACUUUUCAUACUCAUGCUUUGAUAAAAUAAAAUACAAAUCAAAUAUUGGAAUCAAUUAAAUUGACUAUUCUCCUCUUCCAAAAUCUUAAGCAUUAUAUCUAUGCUAAAAAUUACUACUACUACUAUUAUUAUUAUUAUUAUUAUUAUUAUUAUUAUUAUUACUAUAGGCAGCGAACUGGCAGAGUCAUCAGCAUAAAGUGAGUUGAUCAACAUAUAAAGCCUCACACAAAUAAAUACAUUGCAGUAUUAAGUUGUGCUCACCUAAAUUCUGACUUCAUCUCUCACUGAGAUUAAGUUUUCCUGUUAUUUCAUAGUCAAUAAAAUAUCAGUAAAUACUGGAGCGAGUUCAGUUAUGGCUCCACCAUUGGAAAUAUUAGUCUUGUUUGUUAAUAUUAAAAAUGGCUACACAGCAAGCCUCCUAUGAUCAAAGGUAUUCUAGCCAUGACCAUCCCAUUUUUUUCUUUCAAAACCUCUGUGCAUAUAAGACCACAAUAUCCAAUGCAUCUUUUAUUUAUUUAUUUUUUUUAUUAUUAAGAUGACAUGGUGUAAUUUGAGGGAGAUUGGGGUACUAUUUAUAGAAGGUCAAGUGGUUCUUUCAUUGACUUGGAAAUAUGUUUGUAUAAGAAAAGUGUUGUAACAUGGAUUGUAGCCAUGUUGCGACUGAAACAAAUAAAAGGGUGCCAAAGUCCUACCCCUUUCUGUGUUUCAAAUAAGGCAAGCAAACGGCAUACAUUACAAAGCCUGUUAAUUUACAGAUUGGAUUGGUUAAUAUCCGUUAUGCAUUGUCUUUCUGCCCUAGAAAGAUAUAUUUUUUGUUGUAUUUUCAGCAUGUUAGGAAGAAGAUAUAAGCAGAUCCUAAUAAAUUCUGAAAUAACAAUGAAGCCUGUUGAUUUGUUCCUCAUCUCAUAUUACCAGAAAAGCCUCUCGUGAGACCUAAUUUUGUAGUGUCACAAAAUACAUAGAUAUGGCUCUCUCUCUAUAUAUAUUUUUUUAAUGAAAAGUCAACUCUUUCUUGUAUAAAAUGAAUUUGAAGUGAAACCACUUUGUUAUCACCAUUCCUUUCUUUAUUCUCUCUUUCUCCCUUGCUUUCUGUGUCAGCUGUUGUCUUUUAGACCCUGAUGGGUUUUUUU